AUGUCCGACACUCGAACUCCCCAGACCUCCCUCCAAAGUGAGCUCCUCCGCCUCAAAGGCGAGCUACAAGUACUAUUCAACGCCUACUUCAAGGCCCAUGAGGAUCUCGAGCAGUUGCAGCUCCAGCUCGAAGCGGUUCUCCACAAUAAUCCCAUUGCCAAUGUCGACCACUUUGACAUGAGGGCUACGCUUGAGUUUGGCGGUUCCGAGCUGGAACUGGUAUGGGAGAUAACAUUGUUGAGGUCUGUUAUGGAGGAUUUGUGGGUAGAGAUUAAGCGUGUUGAUGAUCUGGUGGAGGAGCUUGAGGAUGAGGUCAGAGGGAUGGAGGUGACACCGGGGAUGUCGGGGUGGUGGUUAGAGUAA